GGCCACGAGCCCACGAUGGCCACCCCCUCCACCUCCGCCUCCACCUCCGCCUCCUCCGUUUUUCCCCUCACCGGCGCCGCACGCUGCCCCCGCGCCACCACCACCUCCUCCUCCUCCUCCAGCACGCGCGCGUUCUCUCUCGCCGAGCGGCGCCGGCGGUCCGAGGGUGGGGCAGGCGACCGCUCGGCAGUCGCGGGGGUGGUGGAGAAGGGCCCGCGCCUGGCCUACCUGCAGCAGUACGAGGAGCGCGCGCGAGCUGCAGGUUUCACCGGUGUCGCGGGCACCGUCUACGACAUGGUCGCCGCUAUGCUUUCACCCAUGCAAUCUCUUAGAAGGGAGUUAAGUUCUGGGGUGCACCCUUUACACGGAAACUUUGUGGCUUUAGUGCAUGUUUUUGCCAAGAAUGAUCUUGCUACCAGGUGCAUGGAGAUUCUUGCUACUAUGGAGAGGCAAAGCAUCAAGAGAGAACUAGAGAGCUCUAGGCGGAGGAUGUUGCUAGCUGCAGGGGCUGCUGUGUUUCUUUCUUGGCCUAAUCUGGCAGCAAACGCAGCAGAGGCUAAGAAAGGGUUCUUACCUGUAACCGACAAGAAGGAUGGAUACUCCUUCCUCUACCCAUUUGGAUGGCAGGAAGUGGUUGUUCAAGGGCAAGAUAAGGUUUACAAAGAUGUCAUAGAGCCUUUGGAAAGUGUGAGCGUCAACACAAUUCCAACCAGCAAGCAAGACAUCCGUGAACUUGGUCCUCCAGAUCAGGUUGCUGAAGCUCUUAUACGAAAGGUUCUUGCCGCACCUACGCAAAAGACAAAGUUAAUUGAAGCAAAAGAGAAUGACGUUGACGGAAGAACUUACUACACUUUUGAGUUCACAGCUCAAGCUCCAAAUUUCACCAGGCAUGCGCUUGGUGCAAUUGCCAUUGCAAAUGGCAAAUUUUACACGUUGACAACUGGAGCAAAUGAAAGGAGAUGGGAGAAAAUCAAGGAUAGGCUACAUACAGUCGUCGAUUCCUUCAAAAUCGAGGUGCUCCAACUGGUGUGGUUCAAUGGUAAAUGUCGGAAACAUGGAUUUUACUGAUCUGUUUUGUUUUGAGAUGUGUGACACGACUUCAAUUUGUACGUAUAUACAUCUUCCCAAUGUCGAUCCUGAUCCUUCUAUUUGUAUGUACUGGUGAGGUUAAGAAAAUAUGUAAAUGAUCCUUUGAAUCGCAAUGUUGAUUAUAAGGGCCAUCUGUGAGAGUAAAAUCUAUACUGGGUUUUUUUUUUCUUUAACCACGAGCCAAAUAUCUGGAUUUUAUUGGCUCAAAUAAUGAUAUCGUGAUAUUUGAUGUAGUAGUAUAAAGUAAUAUAUGAUCCAUUUAUGUC